GCUGGUAGAGACCACGCCCAUAUUAUAUUUGGUCCCCACAGUUUAUUAAUUUGUUCACAAUUUAAUUAGUUUACAUCGCUCGUCGUGUAAUGGAGGGUCAGAUAACGAGAGAAGAUGCCUUGUCACGGGAAGGAUAUAGACAUGCAUGUCACAUUAUGCUGUACGGUGACUGUAGCGCCAAACUCUUCGGGAAAAUUCCUAUCAAACACAUAGUGCUGAUGCAGAUGCGCUUUGAUGGGUUGCUGGGUUUCCCAGGGGGAUUGGUGAACCCCUCGAAAGAGACUUUGGAGGCAGGGCUAAGCAGAGAGCUUCUUGAAGAGGUGGGCGUGGCUAUACCAGUGGGCGUCGAAAAUCAUGUAUCCUCCUGCCUUGCUACAUCCUGCCCUCGGCUCAUCACACACUUCUACAUCAAGAAAAGGACAGAGGCAGAGCUAAGAGAAAUAGAGAGAGCAGCUGUAGCUACGGCCACAGAUCAUGGUUUGGAGGUGUUGGGUAUGGUCAGAGUACCGCUCUACUUCCUGAAAAACGGAGGUGGUCUUCCUUUUUUCCUGUCUCAUUCAUUCAUCAGUAACUCCCGGGCCCAGCUGCUCUCUGCCCUGCAGCGCUGUGGUCUGCUGUCCCAGGGGGAGCUGGAGAAGGCGGUGAGACAGGCUGAGCAGAUGAGACGCACACACAGUGCUGAUCCGCACUGACACGAGUUUACACAGCAGUGCCUUUUCACCUCAGGCCCAUGAUGCUCUCACAGUAGCCCAGCCCCCAAUGCCUGUAGGACUACCCCAUAUAUUUACCUUAACCUGGUGAACAUUAUAUCUUAAAUAAAUAGCUGAAACAUAGCCAUUAAAAACAAAUACUUAUAUCUUAUAUGACUUGAUGUAAUUUAACCAUGUAAAAUGUAUUAUUACUUAUGCAUUAUAUGUUGCAUGAAUUUUUGUUUUCAUGCCAAUGCCACUAUUCAGUUCUGUUAAUAUUAUAGCAGUAUUUACAAGAGUUCAUCAAGUUACACAAAUAAACAGCUGACGGUUUAUAGAAAUUGUUCAUGCCUUUGCAUUUUACUGAAUUUGUGUUCAUUUAUAUUACUGAGAAGAGCCACAGGGGUGUGCUAUCAUCCUGCACUACUUGACUUGUGCAAGCAAGUCUAUCGUUGGCUGGUAAAACUGCAGUGUUUAAUUUAAAUGAAAUUAAAUUAGCCUACUUUGGAACUUGUUACCCCAAGACGUUCGGGAAAGUGAAAAUCUUUCCACUUUUAGAUCUCGUCUUAAAACUUACCUGUUUAGGCAGGCUUUUCGAUGAUUACACCACUUGAUUAGGGUUAUUUAUGGUUUUAACAAUUGUUUUGUUUUACUUGUUUUAUUGUUUGCUUUUGUAUGCUUGUCUAUGAUUACUUUGAUUUUUUGUCGGUUAGAUCAUAUGUUGUAUUAAUGGUUACUUGUAUUGUUGUUUUAUUCAUUGUACGGUGUCCUUGAGUGUCUAGUAAGGCGCCUUGAAAUAAAAUAAUACAAUAUAUAUAUAAUAA